ACGUUUACUGUGAGUAUAUGUUUUUGAACUUCGCUGUCCAUUUUCAGAAAUCAGCAACAUAUUUCCUACUUGAGGUCUGGCGCAGAUAUAACGAAUGAGUGCGAAUUAUUGAAUUUGUGCGACUUGCCCAAAUCGUACUUAUUUGUUCGAGAUUAACUGCCCACCCCUCUCACUACGAUCACGACAGACAUGGCAGUUGAGUUAAGGACGGUCGAGAAGGGGGGCGUUGCUCGCAAAAAACGCGCUAAGAGUAAGUAUGCAUACAAGUUAGUGCUGGCCAGUGACCGCUGGGACCUCAUUCGCAGCUGGGAAAAAGUCCGAGAGAAGCUCAAACAAGUGAACCCUUUUCUCCCAGAGAAAGAGUUCUCUAUAUAUUUGGAGGAUACCCUGCAGGUGACACGAAUCCUGAAGUCGCAAUGUCACGUGAAAGAUGUAGCGCAAGUGCAGUUUUCAGGCGUUGAUGUCAUCCUCUGUACCGGCUUCUCUACGACAGUCACACGUUGGACUUUGAAGGCGAACGGCCGAAAAUGCGAGACUGAUUUACUCAAGUUUCCUUAUAUCAUAUCCAUCUUCUUCUAUAUUGUAGAAAUCAGGGUUUUUGUGUGCCUGACGCUGGAGAACUUGCUGGUCAUUCUGGUGUUGUCUCAGGGCUGCAUCAAGGAAGCUAGGAGAGUAGAGCAUCUUUACAACGCUCAGUGCCUAACCUACAUCAAAGAAACCAAACAAAUCAUAGCUGCAGGCAUCGGGCUGCUGAAAUACUACAGCUUAUCUGGAAUAGAGGUUUGUGUGACGAUAGAAAAAACCGGAAAUAUAAAAACAACUAUGGCAAAGAACGAGUAUAUUAUGCAGGUGCUUGUUGACCCCAGCUGGCGCAGGCUGCUCGUCUUGGGAGAAUCGGGCGUCUACGUCAUCAACUACAUGACGAUGAAGCAGGAAUUUGUCCUGACUGGAUCACAAGACGCUUUCGCACAUAUCUCUUGCUGCUCUGUUUACCAGGACAAGUACAUUGUAACUGGCAGCGAAGUGGGGAUCAUCAGGAUAUGGGCUUCGUUUUCAUUUUCGAAAGUAAAAGAGCUGGAAGGCCACAGAAGAAGUAUCACAGCUGUCUGUUGUCAUCCAAGACAACCACUUCUGUUCUCAAGCUCCACAGAUGGCAUUAUUUUCAUCUGGCGGAUGGAUAACUUCAGCAAGUUCAGACAGGUGCAUACAGGAGACACAGUACGCCGCCUGGGCAUGAUGUGGGAUACUGGAAUUGUCGCCAUGUGGUGCCUUGUCACUGACCGGAUCUUCAUUUAUGAAUUCUGUGAUUUUUACAUACAAUUCAGUUCCUUGGAGUCUGAGGUUCUCCACUUGCAGCGCUUGAUGGGACAUGGAGAGCAUCCUAACCGGAUCAUGGUCACCACUAUGGAUGGAGGGAUGAAGUUCUUAAGUCCAGUAACCGGCUCGCCUUUAGGAUUUAUGUAUCCCGUCAUAUCCUUAGAGAAAAUCGACGUGUUUGUUUACAGCGCGUUUCGAAGGAACAUAUACAUGCUUCUUAAAAGUGGGUCCAUCCUGGAGGUCGGCUGCACGACUUCGCCUUUCCAAGCAGUUGAAGUACACGAAUCUGUCAACGUCGACGAAACAGUCUACUGCCUUAUCAGCAUCUUUUUGGUGAUCCAGACGGGAGGUGCCGAAAUCAAGGAUGAAUUGAUCCUUCUUGGACUGUGCAACGGCCAGAUAUCGGUUUUGGAGUCUGAGUCCUUCACUUUGCCCGCUCCUGUACAAGCUCACCUGGGCUGUGUCUACUGUCUGGAGUCAGUGGCUGAGGUAUCUUUGGAAGAACAGGUGCAGUAUACUACUUGCCGAUAUAUUCUAUCAGCGGGCUCUGAUAACACCGUCAAACUCUGGUACCUCAGGUGUUAUUUCACCGAACACGGACCGGAAUUAGCAUUCCACAUCCUGGCAAAGAUUCGAUGCGAAAUGACUCCAAAACGACUGUCGGGGACUUCUGAACGCAUCUUUGCUGUGUACGAUGAUCAAAGGACAAUGGCCAUGUUCGAUAUCUGUCACCUGUUUAAUGACAGCCCUCACCACUAAGAAAGUUUCCCAUCUGAAGCACACCUCUGAUUAUGACCACACCGAUCAGAUAACAGCUCUAGACAAGUGUCCGCUGGUUGGAAUUUUCGCAACCUCCAGUCUAGACGGAACUGUGAAGAUUUGGGGCAACGACUUCCAGCUGGUAAGGGAGCUGGUUUACUUUGUACCUCUCCUAAGCCUAUGUUUUGUCA